AUGUUCGUGGUACGAGUGCUUUUUGGGUGCAUCGUUGUUUUAGCAUUUUUUGCCUUCAUAGUUUUUGGAACUUCUUGGAUUAUGUACACGAACGAAUGGAGACUUGAACAGCUUGAUUUUCAAACACGUUACAGCUCAGAGUUAAAGUGGGAAGUCUCCCGUACUACGAUGUCCGAGCAGAUCUCUAAAACUUUGCAGAGUGAGAAACUACCCGAAACCGAGAUAGAAGAUAUUAUUGCGAAUUAUGUAGAUGUGCAGUAUCCCAAUUCGGUAACAAGUCCAUCGGAUUUUUCAGUCACAACCUUCUGGACAUAUCCAACAAGCGUAUGGUACGUUGUCUGUCAGAUUAUGUCCCUCGAACCGAUCAGAAAACAGAAGGUUUUCUCCGUUGUCACUCAUCUUUUCUCAUUAUACAAUAAACUUAUUGGUCCAACUGCUGCUAUUUUAGCAAUAGCUUCAAUGACCACCACGAUCAAUUGGUUGUUCACCGUCCUGCUAUCGUUUGUGCUUCUUCCGGAACCGAAAGAUUUAGCUGAAUGCCUGACAGCUGCCUAUCAGAAAAAUCUGCUUAUCCGAGAUCUUCUCGUAAUGGCCUUAUCGCUUUGUUACGGUAUUGGGGCGAUUGCACUCUGUGUUUAUCUACACUCAACCCAUAACAAUGUCGAUAUGCUGCAAGCACUUGCUCAAAUCUUUGCCAUGAUGUCAUUAACAACCGUUACUGGGUCCCAAAUUUAUGCUCAUAACACAAAAAAUUCCAUCAUGGAGGCACUUUACUGGGUCUGCCUCCUGUUCCUCGUGAACUCGGCACUUGCAACUGUCCUUGCAGCAAUUAUUCGCUCUUAUAAAACCUGGAUAAACAGCGAGGAUGUGGUUGCUACGCCUAAGGAGCUUAUUCUUAAGCUUGAAAGGGAACGACAAGAAAAACGAAAUCAACUCGUCUAUCAUGCAAAAUCCGAGUGA